AUGCAAGCCAUACCAACACCCCCACACUCUCGCCGCCGCAGCCCCAACCUCUCCAUCGAUCUCUCCUCACUCCCUCAACUCUCCACCCCGGCCCCACCAAGCAACACCCUCCUCAUAACAAACCUCACCACCCCGGCAAUCUUCACCGCCAUCAACUUGGAAUCCAUCACCCAAGCCAUCAACGCCCACGCUCCAAUCCACACCUUCUCGCCCUUGAAAUCCAUGCGCCGCAUCAUCGUCACCUUCCACACCGUCGCCGACGCCAUCGCCGUCCGCCAACUCCUCGACGGGGAAACCGUUCUCGGAGAUCGCAUCCGCGUCUACUUUGGCGCCAACACCCGCAUCGAAGACCCCCAAGAUCAACAUCUUCAAGCCCCGAAAUCCUCCCGCUUAUUCUUCAUCUCUCCCCCGCCCUCCCCGCCCAUGGGCUGGGAAAUGCGCAAUGAAGGACCCCCGAACAAAGACGUGCAUGCCGAGGAUCUGGCUUCUGCGUUGGCGAAUUUGACCGCGAGACCUAGUGCUGAUGAUGCGUUGUAUCAGCAGAGUUCGGGGACGUUCGCUGAGAGGAAAGGUUCGGGGAGGAAGAGAGCGGCGACGUUGGGAGCGGGGAGUACGGUGGUGUAUGACCCGGAGGAGUUUGGGGAUAGUCCGGAUUUGCCGGCGAUUGCGGUUGAGGAUACGACGAUGAGUCCGUUGCCGUUGACGCCUGUGGAGGGAAGUGGGUUGAAGUUGGAGAGGACUGCGAGGCCGCCGGUGGAGUUGAUGGAGUGA